AUGGAGAGAAAUACCAGGACUAAUUCUGGCGGUGCUCCUAACGGGAGAAAGGGAAGCGGUGGGCCCGGGAAGGACGGGAAAAGUGGGCGGCCAUGUCGUGAUGCCUUGGGUUAUAAGCCUGAUCAAGGAUCUGGUAAUAAUGAUGGUAAAAAGGAUGGUGGAUCCCACGGUGAUGGAGGUUCUGGAAGUGGCACGAAAGGGAAUAAGUAG